AUGGUUUUGCUAGGUCUUCUGCUGGAGAAGUACAUAUUUCUAAUUUUUCACUUUUUUUUUAAUCUCCAGAUACCAAGGAAUAAUCGUUUAAUGUAUAUUCAUAGCUACCAGAGUUAUGUGUGGAACAAUAUGGUGAGCAAGAGAAUAGAAGAAUAUGGGCUUAAAGCUGUACCAGGAGAUCUCACACUUAAAGGAGCCACAGCUGUACACAUUGAAGAAGGAGAUGUUCAUAACUACACCAUUCAUGAUGUAGUGAUGCCAUUACCUGGAUUUGAUGUUAUUUAUCCAAAGCAUAAAAUUGGAGAAGCCUACAAGGAGAUGCUAGUAGCUGACAAUCUUGACAUCAACAACAUGAGGCAUAAAAUCAGAGACUAUUCACUUUCUGGAGCAUACAGAAAGAUUAUCAUUCGACCUCAGAAUGUCAGUUGGGAAGUUGUUGCAUAUGAUGAUCCUAGAAUCCCAUUAUUUACUACGGAUUUGGAUAAGCUGGAAGGAAAACCUUUACCAGUUCUUCCUACAGAUGGUAAAUUCCGGGCACUGAAGAUGGAGUUCUCCCUUCCUCCAUCCACUUAUGCUACUAUGGCAAUUCGGGAGGUUUUGAAAAUGGACACAAGCAUAAAAAACCAAACGCAGCUGAAUACUACCUGGUUACGCUGAGCGAACUGCUGGCACGGCCUAGAUUUUAACAUGCACAGAGUUUUUUCCUACUUAUGUUCUGUACAAAUCUUUAAAGGGUGAUAGUAAGAGAUCUGUAUUUUUUUAAGUUUUUAUUAGUGCAUUUAAAUUAAGUAGUUAUUAGCAAGAUGCUGGUUGUAAUGUAAUACAAGCCUUAGUGAUUGGUGCUUUUUAAUGAAUGGACCAUGAGGUUGCUUGAGCUGUGUUGCCGCAUCUCUGAGAAGCAGGCUUAUAGCUUGUGACCUGGACAGAUGUUCAUCUUGCUCUUUUUCAGUGAGCAGUUGGAUGUUUUGAUCAAUUCAGCAUACCUUGAAGUCUCUGUAUUAAGUUACAGAUUUAGGAGAAAUAGUUAGAACUGAAUGAAGGUCCUGAUGGCUGUUUGCUUCCAAGAAGCUGCUGCAGUCAGCCAGGCUGUGGCUACGUGCUGUCACAAGGCACAGCUGUUUUAAUUAGCCAAGGUGUUCUCCUGGGGAAAAUGUGUGUAUUUUCAGCUUUGCCACUACCCGUGCCAAGUACAGGUGCUGGGAAUAUGUUAACCAAAAAGAACGGUGUGUCAGUCCAUAGCGCCUCGCUCUGUCCCUGGCUGAGCCAGGCUGCUGCUGGGAGGCAGAACGAGGCUGUUGUACAGCGGCAGCUACGCUGCGUUUUCAACGAUUCUAAACCAAAUCGGGAAUUCGUGCUGCUUGUGUGAAUAAAAUCCCAUGAACGGAA